GGUCGGCCAAGACGUCCACUCGAUUCGCACGAUCCGUCGGACCCUCGCCCACUCUUGCCACCUACGUCGGCCCACGCUUGCCGGAUCCAUCAUUUCGCCCUGACUUCAUCACCGCUCAAGAGGGCCCUACAUCGUCUUAAUCCCCCGUGCGUUUCAUUCGACGCCUGCAGCCCCUGGCGUACUUUACCAUCCAUCAAAGCUCCGAGCUUGCAAUAGUGGGGCAUGUUGUUGCGGUCGAUGUUCUCAAGCUGGCUGCUCGCUGCCGUGCUUCCAGCGGCUAGCUUCAGCUCCCCAGUCGGCACCACCACCAGCCUCUCGGGAGCGACUCAUGCCGGGCUGCUGCAGCUGACAGCGUCCAAUUGGACCGAGUCCAUCAAAGAAGGGGCUUGGUUGAUCGAAUUUUACAGUCCUUAUUGCAGCUACUGCAAGACUUUCUUGCCUACUUGGGAUCAGCUCGUCAGCACAAAGGAUCAUUUGAGGACGGACUACCCGGAUGCGCCUUUCACGCUCGCACAGGUGGACUGCAAUGCUCAGAGGGACAUCUGCGCAGAGCAGAACGUGCCGCACUUGCCUCGGCUGACAGUGUACCGGUCUGGAGUGCAGCAGGCAGGCGAAUAUCAAGGAGAUAGGGACUACACGGACUUGUCGGUAUUCAUAGAUAAGCAAGCUUCCAUCUUCAGAGCUCUCAAAGGCGUCUCAGAUACGCCGCAUCCUCACGGCAAGCUAGCAAAUCCAGCUCCCAUCUAUGUGCCUCCUCAUCCGGAUAGACCUCGACCUCCAGGCAUCCCUCAGGAUCAAGCUGCGCCGGCGGCAGAUCCUCAAAAGGAAGCUGCUCCUGCCUCACCUCCGAAAGAGGGCGCACUUGAUGCACAGCCGGUACCUGCACCUGCACCUGCACCUGCACCAGCACCAGCUCAGCCUGCCCAAGCUCCCCCGCCCCCGCCGCCUGCGCCUCCCGCACCUCCAAAAGAGGCGGCCUCUGCUCCAUCAGGUCCCAACCCUGAAGGUGUGCUACUCAGUUUUGGAAAGGCUCCCCUAGCCACACCGAAAGACUUGGACGAGUGGCUGAGCAAAGAGGGCGGAAGGGGUAGCAGCUUUGUAAAGUUUUUCGCACCCUGGUGUCCUCACUGCAAAGCUAUGAAGCCGGCGUUCAUCAAGCUCGCAGAGUCACUCAAAGGCCGCGUAAAUGCUGUUGAAGUGGACUGCGAGGCUUUCCCACUCGUCUGCCGGACAUAUCGAGUUGGUGGAUUCCCAACGCUGCGCAUGUACAACGAAGGAACGCCGACGGAGUAUUCGGGCGGAAGAUCUCAUGAUGCGAUGCUGCAAUGGGCGCUCAAAGCAGGAUCCACCUCGGGCGUCCGCUCGAUCGAAGGCAGAGAGCUAGGAGAGCUGGGCCGAAGGGAUGAAGUGCUGUUCUUGUACUUGCACUCGCCAGCCACGCCGGAACGAGAGAUCGAUGCGGUGGUGAGGGCUUCGAGGGUACUCUUGACCACGCCGGUCCACGUCUACAAGUCUAGCGAUCCGCAGCUUUUGGAGCGAUACAAGGCGCGCUUGACAAGGGGCAGCACCAGCGCGGCUAGCUCUCAAGCGGCGAAAGAUGCUGUGAGCGGACUGCUCGUCUUCAAGGAUCACAGCACGGAUCGACCAGUGGACGCAUUCUACCCUAGCCAAAUACCGAUCGAACUGGAUCCGGCUCAAGCUGCUAAGAAGGUGGCGGAGUGGCUAGACAGUAAGCGCUUUGCUACUGUCACGGAGAUCACUGGUGCCACCUUUUCGGAUGUGAUCCAUAACAAAGCGGCCAAGCGAGUGGUGUUGGCCGCACUCUCGGAUCUGCAUCACGAUGGAACCACACUUGGUACAGGCAGCGGCUCUGCUGUCAGGGAUGGCGAGCUACUGGCGCUCAAGCAACUUGCCCUGGCAGCUCGCACAGCGCCUAGUGGCACAGACCGAGGCGGUAAUCCAGGCGUGCCAGAGGUACUGUUUGCAUGGAUCGACGCGGAUCGUUGGGCGAGCGCAAUUGGCAAGUAUUACAACGUCAAGGAGACGGACCUGCCAGCAUUGAUACUGGCCGAUGGGCGUUCAUUGCAGUACUGGAAUCUGCCUCAUCGUCCCAUCGUCACGCGCAACGUGCCUCUGCAAGCUCAGCUCGAUGCAGAGCAGCCAACGUACGUUCCCGGCGCCAAGCUGGGCGGGUCGAGACCAGACACGGGCAGCUUGGCAUCUGCGGGCGUAUUGGUCAGGAAUGCCAGGAAUUGGAUAGAUCACGAGGCCGUGCUGGGUACCUUGGCGUUGAUAAGCGUCGGAAAGGGACCCAAAGCUAGGAGCUCUCGCGGAUUUGUGGAUAGGGGCGUCAGGCAAGCGGGAGGAGCGGUAGAAGCUCUGAUCGAGGCGACCGCUGCGCACCCGCUCUUGUCAUUUGCCUUCUUGGCAGCUCUGUGCGCCUCUUUGGCAUUGUGGCUCAAAAGGACAGCGCGCGCGUCGAGCGCUAACCGACUGGGAGGCAAAUUCGACUGAUGUUGCCUGCCCAUCAAGGACCUUCAUAUCGGCUCAUGCAAAGCGAACAAGUUGGUACAUAUCCUCCUCUGUUUCGGUGCAGCAUCUGAAACUCCAGGAAUUACAUCGAUUCUGGACCAGCAAUGUGUGAUGGCAUCAGGUCCGAACAGACCUUGCGCAUGUAUGCACAAUGAUCGCCUUUCUCCAUAGACUUCGGUCGGCCGAACGUGACGCGUCAGGAUCGCAGCUAUGAGAGAAUCGUCGAUGGGCAUGUGAAGGAGGCUUCUGGAUGCAGUUUGAUUGGUGAUAAGCGGACCCGGUAGGAGCUCGCGAAGCUGCAUGUACGCUCACUUGACCAUUCAAAAUUAUCCACCAUCAUUCACG